CGCGCGCGCCUGAAGCCGGGCCGGGCCGGGCCCAGCCCAGCUAAGCCGAGCGGACAGGGCAGGGGCGCCGGCGCUCCCGCGGGGAAGGUGGGCGCGACUGACCCGGCUCUGCGGUGCCGCCUUGCCCCGGCCCGGCCCCUCCCCGCUCCCCCCAUCCUCCUCCCACCCGCGCUUUGACACCUUGGGGGCGUGGAAACGGUGAGGCGGGAGCCUCCGCAGGAUCUUGGUGAGAGGGAUGAUGAUGGGACAGCUGGAGUUGGUUUACUUUGGGAUUAUAUUUUUUUUUCCUCUCUGCAUAAGAGCUCUGAGAAAAGUCAAAUGGAAGCUGUCCUGUGGUAACAGUGUUGAAAUAUGCAGUUAAGUGGAUUGUCAAGUUGGCUUGGAAGAAAACAAAAAAACAAACCAAACAAUCCAGCCCAGCCGAAGAUGAUGUUUCACGUUGUUCAGUAUCGGCCUUUAAGACUAAUAACCCAGAACAGUCUUUCUAGCACAUGUUUUAAACUUAUGCUUUCCAGACCUGUUGCAUUUGCACAGAUAUGGAAGUCGUGGUUCUCAAGCCAUUCUCUUGUUGGAAACAAAAAUAUUAUCCUGAUGGGGCCUCCGGGUGCUGGGAAAACAACAGUUGGGAGAAUAGUAGGUCAGAAACUGGAUUGCCCUGUCAUAGACAUAGAUGAUGAUGUCCUUGAAACAACCUGGAAUAUGAGUGUGUCGGAAAAACUGCAGGAUGUUGGUAAUGAGCAAUUUUUAGAGGAGGAAGGAAAAGCCCUGUUGAAGUUUUCAGCAUCUGGAAGUGUCAUUUCCCUUACUGGGUCCAAUCCAAUGCAUUCUGCUGGCAUGCAGCAUAUGAAGAAAAAUGGAAUAGUUGUAUAUCUGGAUGUGCCCGCAACAGUCAUUAUGAGCAGGCUGAAAUCAAUGAAAGUGGAUCGCAUUGUGGGCCAGUCUCCUGGUAUUUCUCUCAAGGACAUACUUCAGUUUAGGAAGCAGUUCUACAAAAGGUGGUAUGAUAUCCGUGUUCUGUGUGGGGAUAUUGCAGCGGAGGUUGUAGCAGAAAAGGUGCUUGAUGCUGUGAAGAGAUACCAAGACUCAGAACUGGAAACUUUCAUUUCAACUAGGUCUAAUAGAUCUGGAAGGAGUAUGGAAAAAGACUCUCGUAAAUAUUUCAGUGACGUUGUUACUGAGGGCUUAGCCCCUGAUGGAGGUCUGUUUGUUCCUGAGAGAGGACUUCCAAAAUUCACUGCUGGAGAAUGGCAAAGCCUAAUAGAAGCAACUUACAUUGAAAGAGCCCAAGUGAUACUAGAAAGAUGCAUACAUCCUGCUGAUAUUCCUGCUUCUAAGCUGGCAGAAAUUAUUGGAGCUGCUUAUGGAGAAAACUUUAGUUGUUCUAAAAUUGCCCCAGUUAGGCAUCUGGCAGGCAAUCAGUUUCUCCUUGAGUUAUUUCAUGGACCAACAGCAUCGUUCAAAGAUUUUGCAUUACAGAUGGUGCCACAUAUAUUUGCAUACUGCAUUCCCAGAAGCUGCAAUUACUUGGUUCUGGUAGCUACUUCUGGUGACACAGGGAGUGCUGUCCUGGAUGGCUUUAGUCGUCUCCAUGACACUGACAAACAGAGAAUUGCUGUGAUGAAUUUUUUUCCUGAGGAUGGAGUAAGCGCAAUUCAAAAAUCACAGAUGAUUGGAUGUCAGAAGGAAAAUGCAUGGUCAGUAGGUGUCAAAUCUGAUUUUGAUUUUUGCCAGACAGCUAUAAAGCAAAUCUUUACUAAUUCUGAUUAUACUGGCUUUCUUACAGUAGAAUACGGAACAGCUUUAGCUGCAGCAAACUCCAUAAACUGGGCACGAUUGCUUCCUCAGAUAGUUUAUCAUGCCUCUGCAUACCUUGAUCUUAUUCAUCAAAGUAUUAUUCCUUUUGGAAGCUCUGUAGAUGUUUGCAUUCCUACAGGAAAUUUUGGCAACAUAUUAGCUGCGUUGUAUGCUAAAAUGAUGGGAAUUCCUAUUAGAAAAUGUAUUUGUGCUAACAAUGAAAAUAAUGUUUUGACUGAAUUCAUAAGAACAGGUGUUUAUGAUUUGAGGGGAAGAAAAUUAAUUCCCACUUUUUCACCAGCAGUAGAUAUUUUGAAGUCCUCCAAUCUUGAGCGAUACUUGCACCUGAUCACUAAUGAGGAUGGACAACUGGUGGCACAAUUAUAUAAUCAGCUGGAAAAUCAGGGUCACUUCCAGCUGGGGAAAGAUCUACUUGAAAAGCUUCAGCAGGACGUGGUGGCUGGAUGGUGCUCUGAGGAGGACUGUCUAGCUGCCAUUCACUCUGUAUACAGUACUACAGGAUAUAUUUUGGAUACACAUACAGCUGUUGCUAAAGUAGUUGCAGAUCGAUUACAAGAUAGAACUUGCCCAAUUAUUAUUACAUCCACAGCUCAUUAUUCUAAGUUUGCACCUGCCAUCUUGAGGGCCUUGAGGAUUACAGAAAUAAAACAGAAUCCAUUAAGUCAGCUUCACUUGUUGAGUUCCUACAGCCCUCUGCCUCCAGUCCACUGGGGCCUGUUAGAGACUCUGAAAAAGAAGGGGAAUGAGGAUCACCAGGUCUGUGCUGCUGACAUGAGUAUGCUGAUGUCCCAUAUAGAAACCUUAAUUCAAAACCAUUUUAUGAAAGUUUUUUGAGUAACUGAUCACACAUCACUGUGUCAGUUGUGAUACCUUCUUAGCAAGAUGCAUGUUUUAAUAAAGUCGUGAUUCAUCUGGCCUGUGUCCAGUCCACAGCAUAACAUCCACAGUUUUAUAUUCAGCUGUCAAGUUUUCAACAGUGUUUGUAAGUAGCAUGUGUGAGAUUUCUAGUAGUGGUGAAAGAUUGUGAACUGAGAGUAUAAAAAGAUUGGAAUACUUUUUUGCAGGUUGUACAUAGUAGAGACAGCAGUAGUGCUGGCUUUCCUUGGCAGUGCUGUCUCCUUCACAAGCCUGAGGCAUUCUCCAUGAAAGUAGGAAGAUAAUGAAGUCUGACCUUUCUGAAACUAAUAGCUCUUGUUUUGUUGCAAGAAUGAUGUGAUUAUUUGGUCAGUAGGUGAUUAGUUAAACUUUAAUCCACUUCACUUAGGGCACCGAAACAUAGUAGGAUACUGUAAUGAUGUUUGUGUGUUGCUGAAGAGGGUUGAUUUCACUACAAAGAUUGAAGUAUACUUGUAUUGUUAAUCCUUGAACCAUUCAGUUUGGUGGUGUGUUAUUUUCUUGUAUAGUAUUUUUUAUGUAUUGUAUAUGUAUGUAAAAAAAUCUGGUUAUUCUGUUUUCCGGUCCUUUUUUUCCUCCCAGUUAUUUCCUGUGUAAGAUAGAAUCCUUCGGUUGAUAUUUUUAAUAAUUUUUGAGAUGUGACUCUUUUCCAGUGUGCUGUAGUCUUUUUCCUAGACCUUUUCUAUUUGAACUUUCAGCUUUAGAAUCCUUUCCAAUGUUACAGAAGAAUUUGCUAAUAGUAGCAGCACUCUCCUUAAAUAAGAACCAGACUUCACUGUUUAUUUACAUUUAUUUCUUGUAUUCUGAGUUUUCAGAAUAUAAGUUUUAUCUUAGAGGUCAUAUAGCUUUCCUGUUCUAAUUACUUCUGGUUUGAUAUUUUUUUAAAAUUAAUUUCCUUGCCAUUCUAUUCUAUUUGUGCUUUGUAUGAGUUAGUAUAAGAAAGAAGCUUCCCAAGGUGCUUGGCAUCUCAUCAAGGAAAAUGAAGAAUGAAUUCCAAUGUCUGGAAAGCGUGAUAGCAUCAGAGGUAUUCAUUGUGUAACCUAAAAUAGAUCUAUGUUAGCAAUCUGAUUUUGCUAAUGACUGGCUGUUUAUUGUUUUUUUGCAUUAAAAAAAAGAAGCCAAACAGAGCGGGUUGCCCUGGGAGAUCAUGGAGUUAUGGACAAAUUUGUUCUGCAAACUGUAGAUUAUAUUUGGCAAAGGCAUACAGUAUAACUAUAUUUCACACUAAGAGAAAUAGUGAAAUGAUGUACUGACAAAUUUUGAGUGGCAUGCAGUUACAGGUAAAGAGCUAAGAGUCUUCAGAUGUGACGGUAUAUAGCUACGGGAGGUUGUUGUUCCCACCAGGAUUCAAAUAGGGAAGUAUUGGCAAGAGAGGUGGUAAUUGGUAACAUCUCCUAGAUGUCAAGACACAUUUGGGGCUUUGAACUGUUCCCAUACCGCCCAGCUUCCUCUGUGUGUCUGCUUGUACUUUUUGCCACAUUAGAGGAGAAGAACUAGCAAGCUAUUUUAAAAAUUGUAAUUUCUUCCAGUGGAAGGUAAAAGACCCAAGCAUGAUGUACAUUUGCCACAGUAAAUAGGUUAUGCAAUGAAAUUAAAUGUAGUGAUAACAAAGGUGCAACACAACAGCUUUCUAGAUUCUGCCAUUCUUGGAUGCCUUUUUAGGACUUCUCUAGUUCUUUGCUCAUCCUUGCUCACUAUUUUGGCAGUAACUUUGGAAAAUAUUUUUUUAUUUUUAUUUGCACAGAAUUGUAGAACAGCCUGGGUUGGAAGGGACCUCAGAACAUCAUCUGGGCCAACCUCUUAUGGGAAAGGGAGCCUAGAUGAGAUUAUCUAGCACCCCACCCAGUCACGUCUUAAAAACCACCAGGGAUGGGGACUCUACGACAUCCCUGGGGAGGUUGUUCCAGUGAUUGAGUGUUCUCACUGUGAAAAAUUUCUUUCUUAUAUCAAUAUGAAACUACUUCUAGAGCAAUUUGUACCUAUUUCCUCUUGUUGUGGCUCCUUGUGAAAGAGAGUUUCAAUCUUCUUUCUAGCCACUAUUAAAGUACUGGAAAAGUGUGAUGAGGUGCGCCCUGAGCCUCCUUUUCUCCAGGGUGAAAAGGCCUAACUCAUUCAGUCUCUUCUCAUAGGACAGAGGAUUUUUUGUCAUUUUCCAGACACAACAUGAGAAACACCAUAAAUAUGUAAUUAAAAAAAAAAGUCCAGGUUCUGUAAGAAAAAGUUGCAUAAGCAUAUUCCCCCAAAGAAAGCAGUUAUUGUGUAGGUGAUAAGCGCACAUCCACUUUGCAUGUUUCAGUCUGAUUCUCGCAGUCUGAUUCUUGCAGUAGUUCCAAGUGAAAAAAAGUGUAGUGCUUUCACUGGAUGUGCUCAGUACAAAAGAGAAUUCUAAAUCUUAAAAAAAAAAAAAAAACACAAAACCCCAAAUAAAUCCAACUACCCAGAUUGAAUUACUGGAAUAGGAGUUGGUUUCAGCAUAAGGACACUGGAAAUCUUGCAGUACCUGGUUCCACGGGGCUUAAUGCCAUUUGACAUCAUAGGGCAAUUAGUCACACAGUUACUAUACUUUAUAGAAACAUCUACAAAGAACUCGUUUUCAUAGAAAGCAUCUAAAGGAGAAAAGCUGAGAUUUGAAACGAUUAGGCUAGAAGCCAAGGUCCUACCUUGAAUUAGCUGAUUAUCAGAUAAAACAGUCAGAGCUAAACUAACAGAGGAUUUAUUUUGGCAUGACUCAAACAAUGAAUAUUUCAAAGUUCAGGGCAGUAACUCAAGUUUGGUUUGAAGGAGAAAGUAUUAGCAAAAUUACUAGUUGCUAUUUUCAUAUCACAUGAGCCAUUAUAACAGUUGAUAUGGUUACCUGAAUUGAGUAAGUGAAAAAAUGAGCAGUUUUACUUAGUUAUGGGCUUUCAAUGUGAAGUUAAGGUGUAUAAAGACAGUGGUUAAAAAACAUGUAUGAUAUUAGUGCAUUUCUCAGAAUUUCUAAAUGCAUUUACAAUGCAGUAUUUACUCAUUCUUAAAAAUAAUUAAUUUUUGGACUUUCAUAUAAUUUCAGUGAACUGUUUUCGUGCACCACAUCUGCUUGUGGAUUCUAGUAACGGGCACUAUGAAAUGCUGCAAUGGUGUCGUGAUCCUGGGUGUACACAGUGUUUGUGACCAGGUGCUGAUGCUGUGUUGUGGCAGCUGUAACGUACAAUCUCCUGGCUCACCUUAUCCUGCUGGGCCUGGAGGAAUGGAAGAGAAGAAAUUUCCAGCAUACUUGUUGCUGUAGCUGGCUGCAGGAGGGAUAGGAUAGGGAGGGAAGCCAUCCUUCUGCCUUCCCAGAAUGUCAGUCAGAAAAAUAGCGUGGUUCAACAAACACUGUGCUACUGUUAUUGCACCUUUUUUCCCUACUAUCAAUAUUAUGACAGAUUCAAAGGGCAUUUAUGAUUAAGAGUGGACACAAGUGCUGGUUUCUGUCUUUUGCAGACAUUGUGCACACUGAAUGUUGUCAUCCAAUAUUUUCUAUUAACUUCUUAAGGCAAAAAUGGUGUGCCAAUGAUGUACAAAAGCAGAUCUACAUUGUGAUGGUUAGCAGGAUUCUUCAAGCCAUUUAGGCUUGGUGUAUAUGCUGUUUGCUCCUAUUUGUCUAAAGAUAGGAUGUUUCAGUCUAAAUCAAUAUAAACUAGGUUUACAGAGAGUGUGAGGGUGCAUAUAUACACAUUUCCACUAGCUUUGUUGACCUGGAUAGCACAGCUUUAGUUAAGCUAUUAUUCUUCUGUAUAGAUAAAUUUUUGCUGAACGCUGAUAUUACAUGAAGACCCUUAACGACAAAUGUAAGGACAAAUAUAAUGUCUAUAUUUACACUUUAUUAUAAGAAUAUUUAUAUGGAAAACACUGUAUUUUGCUUACAGACUUAUCAGCUGCUCAUUACUUGCCUGUAGUCACAGUUCUGCUUCUCAGGGUGACAAGAGAGUGAUUUGAGGUAAAGGGUGAACAAUGCAGAUAGAGAUGACUUCAGAAGAUAAUUCUGUUUUCUUAGUAUCUUACAAUUUAGAAAGAAUUGCCUUUUAUGUUUUCGAGGUGAUGGAAUAUUUUAGGACAUGGAACUCUAAAGGGAAGAUUUUGUUUUUCAAGACAUCAGGUUUGCUCUUCAAGGACAUCAAGAACACACAUCAUUAUUAAGUAUAUCAUGUUUGGCAUGCCUGAAAUAUGCAUUAGUAAUUUGUAUCCACUAUAUUUUUUUCUAAAUAAAUACUGCUGGAUCCA